AUGAGCACGGAGCGACGUCUCUCACGGAGUUUCCACUCGUGCCUCAAAGGCUCGUCGACGGAAGAGGCGGUCGAUGAGGAGGAGAGCUGCUAUCAUUCGCUGGGAGGCCGGCAUACGCUGAACAGGCAGCCUCAGGUGUACGUUGAGGACCUGUCCAACGUUACAUUAGCUGACUUCGAAACCACACAGGAUGAUAUUGACGAAACUAGGCAUAAGUCACAUUGGUGCGUGGCGCACCUGUGUCGCGUGAAGCGACCUGCGCAGGCGCAACCGCCGCUCACAUCCGCUUCCGCUGUUCCUGUCCCUUUCAUAUCAACCCUUUUCGGCUUCGCGCCGUGCUUCCGUUCCGCUUUGUAG